UUGCUGAGGGCACUGUUAGAGCAUCCACACAGGUGGAGCAUCCACACAGAGUAGCUAGUGAACACUAGCUAGUGCACAGCCGCUACUCUGGGCUUUUCCCCCCGUGUAGACAAGCCCGGGGUGUAAAGGAAGGUUUAAGCUGCAUUGGUGAUAGGACUGAUGAUCAAAUGACAUACAUUAAGUGCUGCUGCUUUGGGUUGGUUUUUACUUUGCAUCUCCCGUGUUUUUAACGGUAUGUCUAAAGCACCCAGAGCUUUGGAUGGUGGGGGCGGAGUGCCCUUUGAUGUGGGGUUCACAUAAGACAGAAAUCUAAAUAAAGAAAGAAAAUAAUUCAGUCCAGGUGCAACUUCACAACAAGGUUACGCCUGGGAUGAAUUUGGUCCAAUAUGUUUUGAAGCCUCCUAUAAAACGGCCUUUAUGGUUUGCAUACCAUUUGUAGAGCGAGAAAGGAACUGAUAGAGAACCUCAAGCAUAGCGAGUUCUUUUUGUUGCUUUACUCCUUUCUGUUACUGGAAAUACGUGCCACAGGAAGCAAGCAGCCAUCACGGAGCGUGCACUCUCCUGUUUUACAAAGGGAGAAGAUGGAGUUCAUCAAGACGUUACUUUUCUUGCUGCAAGUUUCAAGUGCAGCAAGACGACGCAUUCAAGUGACGGGUGAGGUUGGAGGAUCCAUCACUAUAAAGUGUCCCGCGAAGGACAUUUCCAGGCGAAAAUUCUGGUGCAGGGAGCUCGAGACAGGGAUCUGUGUCACCAUCGUCUCCACCUCUCCAUACAUCAAUGAGAAUUACAGGAAUAGAAUAUCCGUCACUGAGGGGCCUCGGGAAGGAAUAUUUCAAAUUACAAUCACAAGGCUGGAAGAGGAGGACGCUGGGCUGUACACGUGUGGGACAGGAAAUCAAAACGACAGAGGCAGUGGAAGGACCCUCCAAGUGGAGCUGGAGGUUUCUAAUGGGAGUGCUCCACCCAGAACGGGCAUGUUGUCUGCUGAGCCCCGGGGACAUGAUAGACCUAUUGUGGUAUCAGAAGAGUCUGGCAGCAAAGGCGCUGACACUCAAGGAGUCACACAACCACAGCUGACUAAAGGAGCAUGGGCAAAAUAUACCUCCUAUGCUGCGCCUGGCAUCAAAUUCCCUGAAGGUACAAUAAUCAUGCCUGCAGCCGUCACUGGCAGCAUUGUUACCUUUGCAGAGACGGGAAAUAUAACAAAAGGGAUUCCAAAGAAUUCCAGGACAAUCAGCUAUGCACAUCCCAGGCAUACAAAGCGACUCUUGAGAAGCAAUUAUGGGAAUGAUGUCUUUCAAAUCCUGGUACCAAUUCUCCUGAUGCUGCUGCUGCUUGUGGCUUCUAUGAUAAUUGUUAAAAAACAGCUACGAGGGAAGAAAGGUAUUACAGUCUACAUGUCUGGAUGUUUUGGAGAAGCAGCUUCCAGUGAAACCUAUGGAAUAAAUCUGAGGUUGAGUGCGCUCGAACAUGGCCAAGGGCACAUUCCAAUGGAAAAUAUCUACAGCGUGUUACCCCGCAGGCUGGAGGGAGCUGACAGGAACGGUCUAAAGAAGAACUCUGCGUAGCUUGUACCUUCUACCAGCAGAAAUUGGUCCAAUAGAAGACAUUACCUCAUUCAGCGUGUCUCACAUUUAAUUUAUAGCAGUAUAAGUGAAAUUAGAUUCAGACCCUAAACUACUAUCACAGCCCUAGAGAAGUCCCUCCGUGUAUACCCCUACUAGUGUGGUGGGGUUGGGGAGCUUAUACUGCUACGGUCCAGGCAAAAGGUAUCAUCCCAGGCUACUUCACAGUGACCUUCACAGUGGUUCUGGAUCCUGUUCUCAAGUCACCAUUGUCUUCCAUGACUUCGGAUUCCUGGACAGGACUUAGUAUGACCCCCACGUGGAUACAGUGGACAGAAUGGGCUGUGUUAGUCUGGGAGCAAAAGACAACCACAGGGCCCAUCUGUGACCAGUAGCUUCAAUAAAGAAUCUUCCUUAUAUUUCUCAUGGCUGAGUCCUGUCUGUUCUGCAGACGGAAGGACAGUACAGACCCUCUCUCCCCCUUCUCAGAUGCUGCCCUUCCCCGAACAUCUGUAUGAAAGAAAUGAUCUCCAUCCGUUUUGAAAUGAAGUAACUUUUAUUAGCUGCAAAAAAGCAAACAACUUUGACCAUACACCUUAAAUACAGUUAGACAUUCAAAAUAUUGCAAGAACAAAUAUUGUCAUUACACCUGAUAUCAGCUUCUCAGUGACAUUAUUCGCUGCUAGUAACUUGUACAAUGUGUACAUACUGAAUAACAGACAAUACGAUCUAUGCCAUAUUAGUUAUAUAAGAACAGAUACACCUUAAAUACGUUUUACUAUAAAUACAUCUUAAAUAAAACCAAUUAUUUAAAUAGACCUUAUUUAAAAUAAAUAACAUUUGGAACUUGCAUAGUACCUUUCAUUAGAGAUCUCAGAUGAGUGUUAUGAUGGAAAUGUAGUUUUAGUUCUAAGAUAUUUUACAAGUUAGUGUCUGAUAAGUUCUUGUCACUUAUACCUGUGCAUAAUGUGAUGUGAGAACCUCAAAAGGUUCCACUUCGGGUGAAUACUUAUCUAAGUUCAUCUAAACCUCUUGGGAUUGAUUCUCAUCUCACUGACACCAGAAGUGAAGUCCUGGCCUCUUUCAAAGCCAAUGGCAAAACUCCCAGUUGACUUCAGUAGAGCCAGGAUUUCACCCCAGAUACAUAGCUACACAUCUCCAUCUACUACCGUGGGGUUACUCCUGACCUACAUGAGUGUAAGUGAAAGGAGAAUAAGGCCACUUGAGCUGGAAAGUGUGGUGCCUGAUCUUGUACUCAGAGAAACAGUCUCAUUCAAGUUAACAGGACCAUUUAGGGGAGUAGGGGUUACAGUUUUGAGAACGACCUUUGGAUGGAAAGAAAAGGGGCUCUUGUGAGUUUUCUGGUACCUCCUCCUUGCAGAUAGGCUGGAAAUGCUCUUGGAAGAGUGUUUCACAGUAUUCAGAUGCCUCUAUUUCUAGCCCUGAUUGGGACCAAACAGUACAGGGGCAAAGAACAAUUUAAAAAAUUAUCUAUUGAAUCUGUGGGUGAAGAUUCUGGCUUCUUAAUGUGACUGGUGCAACAAUAUGGCUGAAAGAGAUGCUCCUGAACUGAUUUAGAUCCAGCGUUUAGUUCAGGCCCAUCGUUAUCAGUAAGUACCAGAAAAGUAGCGAUAUAAUGUUGUUGUGCCCUGUGAAAGGGAAACAACAUCAGUUUGUUCCUGAUGUGACAUCUCCACUCCCGUGGCCUGGGGCUGAGAAGCAGUGAGUGCUCACAAUUCCAGGAUCAGGCAAAUGUGCUUUAGCUGUGCAGCUCCAUCAAAUGAAAGUAGCUCGCAGCCUACAUCACCAGAUCCCUCGAGAUUCUGAAGAUCAGGAUCUUGGGGAAUUUCUCCUUGAGCCAUGCAGACAUCUGCCUCUUUCAGUAACAAACAAUUAACAUACACACAGGUACACUGUCCGACCUCCCUGGGCUUCCAAGAAGCUACGUCAGUUUACAGUGUUACAGAAAGCAAAAAAAAAAAAAAAAAGACAGGAAGAUUUGUAAAUAAUUUUGAAAUAAAUAAAAUGAAAAAUAGGCUGUGUUCCAGAUUUUCUCCCUGCUCUUAGCCCUUAGUCCCUUCCAUCCAGACGAAGAGAACAUCCAGCUCACCCAGUGCUUUGUUUGCUGCAGCGUUUCUGUCCAGCUAAAGAAAUAAAACCGAGUCAUACUGUUAGUGCCUUCAUAAAAAGCUGUCGAUAACAUUAAAGGUUGAUC